UAAAACCCUAGUCUCCUCCUCCUCCUCCUCCUCCUCCUCCUCUUCAUAUCAUUUGAAUUGAAAAACCUCUUUCUUCCUCUGAGCCGAGCCGUCGCUUUGCAGGAAAAUCACCAGUCAUGAUGGAAAUACGAACUCCGAAGACCCACAAAGCCAAGCGUGUACUCGAAAAGCGAGCUCCUAAGUUGGUUGAGAACGGGAAGAAGACAUUGAUACUUCACGGAACAAAGACGAGCGCUACAGUUAGCUCUGUGUUGAUGGAGCUGUACCGUUUGAAGAAGGGAGGUGCCAUCAAAUACUCGAGGAGGAAUGAGAACAUUAGGCCCUUUGAGAGUGGAGGUGAAACCUCUCUCGAGUUCUUCUCUCUCAAGACCGACUGUAGCAUCUUUGUGUAUGGGUCUCACACAAAGAAAAGACCUGACAAUCUGGUGCUGGGCAGAAUGUAUGAUCACCAUGUCUACGAUCUUAUAGAAGUUGGGAUUGAGAACUUUAAAUCUCUGCUUUCCUUUUCCUACGACAAGAAGAUUGCACCUCAUGAAGGAUCAAAGCCUUUUAUUUGCUUUACUGGAGAAGGUUUUGACAAUGUACCUGAGCUCAAGCAGCUUAAAGAAGUCCUCACUGAUCUCUUUCGGGGCGAGGUUGUGGAGAAUCUAAAUCUUACUGGACUAGACCGUGCUUACAUAUGCACAGCGAUAUCACCUACUAAGGUUUUUCUUACUCACUGCGCUAUUAAGCUUAAAAAGUCAGGGACCAUCGUGCCUAGGAUAGAGCUUGUUGAAGUUGGUCCAUCCAUGGACUUGGUUAUCCGUCGUAACCGUCUUCCCAACGAAGGCCUAAGGAAAGAAGCCAUGAGAUCAUCUAAAGAUAAGCCCAAGAAGAAGGUGAAGAAUGUUGAUCAAAAUGAUGUGCUAGGGAAGUUAGGGAGGGUUUAUAUUCCUGAGCAGGAGGUUGGAAAAAUUCCAUUGGCUGAUAAAUCCAAGGGAGUGAAGAGAGAGCGAAGAGAGGGUAAGCUGAAGAAGAAUAAGGAAGAAGGCUCUGCUUCCAAAAAGCUAAAAGAGUCUGAGUAACUCACUAUACCCACUACAUCAAACGACAGAUGAGACGAUUUUGCAAUGUAACAUGUGUGUUUUUUUUUCCAUGAGAAUCUAUUUCUAAAUGUUUUAUUAUACGCCAAUAUUUAUCAGAGACUGUUUUGUUUUGUUAA